AUGGCGCUAUUCGGGACCUCUGACGCCCUGAUGUGCAGGGCGUUCCCAACAACUCUGCGGGGGCCAGCCCGCACAUGGUACAGCGGCCUGAAGCCAGGGACCGUCGCCUCCUUCGAUCAGCUCGCCAAGGAUUUCGAGCUUAAUUUCCUGGCAUACGCCCGACCAAAGCCGUCCAUGGCGUUACUCCUCGAGCUCAACCAGAAGGAGGACGAGCCCCUCUCCCAUUUUGUGAACCGAUUUACGACACAAAUUCGUGGAUUGUCGGAUGCUCACCCCUCUCUCUUGAUGCAGGCAUUCAUGACAGGCCUGCGGCCCUCCAGGUUCUUCUGGUCGCUCGUGGAGCGGCCCCCCGCCGCGGUCCCCGAGAUGCUCCAGCGUGCCAGUCAGUUUAUCGCCGCGGAGACUUGGAUGGCUGGAAAGCGGGAGGAGCACAAAAAGGUCAAGUCGGAGCCACCCCGACAGUAA